UUUAACAUACAGCUCUGUUGAUAUCUGGAGAGCGUCCCUAACCCUAACCCUGGUGGUCUUACUUUACCCUCAGUGCUGAAGUUAUUCGUUUAAUGGCUGAGCAUAGACUGCUCACGCUGAUGCGAUGUUGUAGGAGGUUCUCCUAAGCUUUCGGCUUGCUGUUUGUGGAGACUGAAAUGUUGUCAAAAGUGUCAUAAUACUGACUGGCUUUCCCGACUAGAUAUCCACGCACACCGGUAGCCAGGUUUGUUUACAGUUAGACAGUGGUGUCAAGACUCUGGCAUGUCGCCAGUGAGACGGUCUAGUUAAGGCAAACAGAUAACGCUAAGACAGCUGAAAGUAAAGCUUAGCUCUGCGAACACAGUUCAGGUAAAAACCUGCCGUUAGGAAUCAAAACAGGGUAGCUUUUCUGUCUCGCUAGCAAAUGGGCUAACGUUAGCUGUUCAGAUUAGAAGUUAGAUCUCACUGUUGACCGAUUGGAAGCAGCAUUUUUAAUAUGUACAAUUUUACGUUACAUAGCUGAUAAAAUUUCAAAAGGAUAGCUUGGUAGCAGAAGCCAAACUGCCACUAUGAGGAUUUUAAGGACUUUAAUGAAAAACGCUUCUAUCGGGAAGCUGGUUGACCAGUAUUCUCGAUUCUCUCCGUCGCCUCUUUCGAUGAAACAAUUUCUGGAUUUCGGUUCAGAAAAUGCGUGUGAGAAAACGUCGUUUAUGUUCCUGAGGCAGGAACUGCCAGUCAGACUGGCAAACAUUAUGAAAGAGAUUAACUUGCUACCUGAUAACCUUCUGAGGACGCCUUCAGUGCGCCUAGUGCAAAGCUGGUACAUUCAAAGCCUCCAAGAUAUCCUCGAGUUCAAGGAAAGAGAUGCCAACGAUGAAAAAGUGAUAUUUGAGUAUGUAUAUAAACAUCUUUUCACAGAUGCCGUGAUAAAGAUCCGCAACAGACAUAAUGAUGUGGUGCCCACAAUGGCUCAGGGAGUGGUUGAGUACAAGGAUACCUAUGGCACUGACCCAAUAACUAGCCAAAAUAUGCAGUACUUCCUGGAUCGCUUCUAUAUGAGCAGAAUCUCCAUCAGAAUGCUCCUCAACCAGCACACCCUGUUGUUUGGAGGACGAGUGCGGGUGAAUCCAGCUCAUCCUAAGCAGAUAGGCAGUAUUGAUCCUCACUGUCGUGUUACUGAUGUGGUUAAAGAUGCAUAUGAAAAUGCUAGAACAUUAUGUGACCGAUACUACAUGAAUUCACCAGAAUUAUUACUGGAAGAAUUCAAUGUCAAAGAACCUACUAAACCCAUAACUGUGGUUUAUGUGCCGUCCCAUUUGUAUCACAUGGUAUUUGAAUUAUUCAAGAAUGCCAUGCGAGCCACAAUGGAGCUGUGCGGAGAUGCUAUGGAGUAUCCUCCGAUUUGUGUUCAGAUCACCCUGGGCAAUGAAGACCUUACUGUAAAGGUCAGUGAUCAUGGGGGUGGAGUUCCACUGAGGAAGAUUGACAGGCUGUUCACAUACACUUACUCUACUGCUCCUCGGCCUCAAAUGGACUCAGCUCGCGCUGCACCUCUGGCUGGUUAUGGCUAUGGUCUUCCCAUCUCCAGACUUUAUGCUAGGUACUUUCAGGGGGAUCUGAAGCUCUAUUCACUCGAGGGCUAUGGCACAGAUGCAGUUAUAUACAUCAGAGCACUUUCUACAGAGUCCAUCGAAAGGCUCCCAGUUUAUAACAAGUCGGCAUGGAAACAUUACAAGACCAUCCAUGAGGCAGAUGACUGGUGUGUGCCAAGCAAAGAGCCCAAAGACAUGACCACCUUCCGCAGUAUUUAGAGCUCUGUACUUCAGGCAUCAUCCAUGGUCUGGAAAUUACCACCCCUGGGUCUCAGCAUCAAGACAGAGCAGAGACAAGGGCUUCAUCAAAUGGGAACAUUUUUAUUGCAGUACAGUGGAUAAUUAUGUAUUAUGAUGCUUUGUAGAUAUUAUGACCAGUCUUUGCACUAC